GUCCAUCCCCGAAAGCUUUUGAACCUCCCCAAAUCUCCCCGCCAUGGCGACCUCCCCAUCCUCUUCCUCCUGCGCCACCGCCACCGGCCCGGAUUCCGCCACCGCCCCUCCCCCCACAUCCUCUCAGCCCCCUCCCAAACCCUUCCUCUCCUCCCCCCUCCCCUCCUCCCUCCGCCCCCCUCCCAGCCCCCUCUUCUCCCCCUCGCCCCAACCCCUCCUCGGCAAACCCCUCCACCCUCCGCCGCCCCCGCCGCCUCCCCAGGGCGUCCUCUUCCCUGCCGCCCACCGCGCCUUCUCCCCUCGCACCGCCACCGUCCGUCCGCCGGCCGCCGAUCAGACCGUCACCGUUGCCAACCCCGCCGGGUAUAUCAGGAAUGCGAGCCCUACGGCGGUCAUGACCUUCGCCGCCCAGGCCAGACCCUUUGUUUUUGCCGCCACCGCCGCCGAUCAUGCCGCCCAGAUCCCGCCGCCCCAUGCGAUGAGGCCGCCUCAGGCGUUGCCCGUGCCGCCGGCCUUCGUAGUCCCGAGGUCGGUCGGCGCUGCUACCGUUGGUGUGGCUGGUACUCCCAAGAGCGUUAAUCCGGCCGCUACUCACCCUAAGGUUACUUCGUUCCCAGCGGUGUCUUCAACAUAUGAGUAUAACAACAGUAAGGAGAGGGACAAGACUAGAGAAGAUACAAUUGUCAUGAUUAACGACCGGAAAGUUAGACUAUCUGAUGGUGAAUCAGGCUCUUUAUAUGCUCUUUGCCGAUCUUGGGUUCGAAAUGGUUUGCCUCAUGAAAGUCAGCCAAAUUUCGGGGAUGGUGUGAAGCUUCUGCCGAGACCUUUGCCUCCAUCGAUGGUUGACACUCACAUGUUGAAAAAGAGUGAAGACAACAAUGAAGGCGAAGAUCCUAUCAAGGAAGAGGAUGUUGGUUCUGUUGAGCAGUUAUCAGCACGUGGUCUGUUAGAAGGGCAUAUAAAGCGUGCCAAAAGGGUUCGGGCACAGUUGAGAAAAGAGCGCUUACUGCGGAUUGAAAGAUAUAAACAAAGACUUGCCCUUCUCCUUCCACCACCAAGUGAACUAGGGAGGAACGAUACUGCUCAAGGAAACUGAUGCACAACCGAGCGAACUUGCAUAAACAGACAACUCCUUGAUGUCCCUUUGCUACAUCAACUGUGCGUUUGUUGUGUUCGCCCAGACAGUGAAGUUGUGUAGCAUUUCGGAUAACUGGCUCUAGUUAUGUGAGAAUGGUUUAGUUGGCUCCAGAAUAUGAAUGGGAUAACAGAGAAAAGUAUAAAAUGUUCCUGCAUAUUUAGUUCUUAUUGUUGCUUUGUGCCUUUGGGGUUGUCUCUGUACUGCUUUCUCUGAUAAUGUAAUCCCUAGAUGAGUUGUUAAGCUGGAAUCUUUUGUGUAGCAAGUAAUGUAUAUUUGGAGGAGUACUUUAUCCAAGGAAAAGAAAGGUUCUGGCUGAUUAAUUAGUCCUACA